UUCUUGUAUAACAAAGGAGAGUUCAUUUUCUACUGAACAAAUGAAAUUGAGCAAGUGUCAGUUUGCAUGCCACCGCUUUCUAAUAUGUCUUGGGGAUCUUGCUAGAUAUGGCGAGCUUUGUAAGAAACAGGAUGCUUCUAAAUGGUCGGUUGCGUUUACUUACUACUUAGAAGCAAGCAGGAUAUGGCCAGCUAGCGGCAAUCCCCAUAAUCAACUGGCACUGUUAGCAACAUAUGUUGGCGAUGCUUUCCUGGCAUUGUACCACUGCACGAGAAGUUUAGCUGUUAAAGAACCUUUCCCUGAUGCAUGGAAUAACCUUAUGCUACUCUUUGAAGAGAACGGGUCAUCCCAUCUGUCUUCACUUUCCAGUGAGACACACAUCGAUUUGUUAAAGCCAUUUGAAAAAGUCUCCUUGCAGGCCGCACCACAGUCUCUCACUGGAUCUUCAAAUAAGAGUAACUUGGAAACUAACAACAUCUUUUCUACUGCAAAAACUGAACUCUGGCCCCUCUUUGUGAGAUUGAUAAGUUUUUUCCUUGGGAGAUCCAGGGCGUGACGGUGGUUCACGAUGUUCCUUUGACGGGGUUGCAUGAAAUAU